UCCCCUGCGCACCAGACACUCCUCCAAAACAUGACCACUUACUAUGUGAACAUCMCAGGUUGAAAAGCAGAGCGUGCAUGUGUUUGACUCACUGCUGGUGUCAAAGAAAAAGACCCUCAACCACUCCUGGAGUUAAAAAAAAAAAAAGAAAGAAAGAAAGAAAAAAGUUGGUAAAAUAGUGCAAACAGAGCGCGUGGGGGAUGUCCGCAGCCUGCCGGUGCGCUCUGAGCCGCACAGCAGCCCAGACUGUUUGCUUUUUCAUUUUUUAAAUUUUAUUUUUCAUGAUUAUUAUUUUUUUUUUUCAUCUGAGUUAAACUUAUGACAUUUGCCACAUCAGUCCGGGAGCGGGGCUGCAAAUGGGCGGCAUAGGUGGCAACCUGUACCUCAGCAUGUUGAAUGGGACUGAAGCGCAAACUCUCGGAAAGAACGCCGACAUCAGCUCUCAYCUCCACCGCGGCGGCAAGGACCUCGCUGACUUCAAGAUGGGGAUCCAGGACGCCAGGUUCCACUAUCCGGACUCGGUUCAAGGCGGGCAGGACCCGCUGGCCCUGCAGUACCACCCGGACCAGACGGUUGGGGGGUACGGAACGCCGCCCGGCCGCUUUUACGCGCAGACGCUGAGCGGCGGCUGCACAUACGGCGGCGUGCGCUCCCCGCCUCGGAGCGGAGCCGGCCAGGGGUACAUCCCGGCGGCCGGGGACAGCUUCCCCCACGGAGGGAAGGRCGUUUACUCUCCCUCUGGGGAGAGCUACCCGGGGGGGUUCCAGCACGGCUAUCAGCGGCCUCUCUACCCGCUACCUGGACUACAGGUGUGCGGGAAGACCCAGGUCCUGCUCAACAACUACCCGCUGUGGGCCAAGUUCCACAAGUUCCAAACUGAGAUGAUCAUCACCAAACAGGGCAGGAGGAUGUUCCCCUUCCUGAGCUUUAACAUCAGCGUUCUGGACCCGUCGGCCCACUAUAACGUCUAUGUGGACGUGGUUCUGGCUGACCAGCACCACUGGAGGUACCAGGGCGGCAAGUGGGUCCAGUGUGGGAAAGCAGAGGGCAACAUGCCAGGGAACAGGACGUACAUGCACCCUGACUCUCCCAACACAGGAGCUCACUGGAUGAGACAAGAGGUGUCGUUCAGCAAGUUAAAGCUCACCAACAACAAGGGCAGCACCAACAACGUGGCUCAGAUGAUAGUCCUCCAGUCGCUCCAUAAGUACCAGCCCCGGCUUCACAUCGUGGAGGUGAAGGAGGACGGCUCGGAGGACCCCUUCCUGUCCUCUAAAUCCCAGUCYUUUGUCUUCCCAGAGACCCAGUUCAUCGCUGUCACUGCUUAUCAGAACGCAGACAUCACCCAGCUGAAAAUAGACCACAACCCCUUCGCCAAAGGUUUCCGCGACAAUUACGACACGCUCUACGCUCCUCCCGACUCUGAUCGCCUCACCCCUUCCCCUACGGAGGGCCAGCAGUUGUUGGCAGGGAGCUGCUACCCCCAAAGCUACCUCUCUGAACAGUACAUGAGCCCCCUGCCUCAGAGCCGCUUCUACAGCCGCGAGUCCAUCGCCAUGGGCCAGCAGCACAAAGACCCGUCCUCCAGCCCCGGGCCCCACAGCCGCUGGUACCUGCCGCCGCAACAGAGCGUGCCGCCGAACCGGCUUGAUUUCCCUYCCUCCUACGAGGGGGACUUUUCUGGAAAUGGUUUCUACAAGCCUUUCCCCCUGCAGACGUCUGCCCACCACGCCCUUGGCUACUACUCUGACCAUCCCUUCGCAUCAACCAGCGUGUCGGGCGCCGCCUCAGCCGGCUGGAGCACCAGCCGACCCACGCCCCAGUACCUGACUCACAAACCUACCCCUGGUCUGGGUUGGUUUAGACCCAUAUCGUCYUCCUCGUCUUCAGCUCCCACGCCACCAGUCAACCCCAGGCUGCAUCCUCCCGCCCUCCUGGAGUCUCUGCAGCCCCCGCCGCUGCAGGACAAACCCAAAGACACGGCGGACGACGCCUGGCUCGAAACGCCCUCGGUGAAAUCCGUAGACUCGGCCGACUCGGGCCUGUUCGAGGGCGGCAAGAAGAGGAAGGUGUCGCCCUACACGUCCAGCACCGAAAACUCCCCGCCCCCGCGUGGUGGAGACGUCUGCGAGAAAGACAGCGAUCCGGACUACUAUGGCUAUUACACCCACUGAAGGCCUCACGCUUCACCCCCAGACGCCACAGUCUUUGCCCCAAACCCUUCCACACCCCCAUCGUGGACAMGUCUGUCCAGUCAGGUGAUAACAAAGGGCUGGAACAAGUUCAUACACCAAACCCAGAAGGAGUACUUUCAUUAAGGGUCAAACUUUCAGAACUACAAAGUAGCCAUCUGCUAAAACUUCUAUAUUCAAUACAAGAGGUUGCAUUAUUUUACAUGUGACRUCGUUUGAUUUGUUUUCUACUCGUCCCUGUGAAAUAAAGACGUAGGAUGCAAAUAAAUUUCCCCGGUCCGCACAGUGAGAUCAUCCGCUCUGUAAAGUCCCCUUUUCAAAAAAGUGUCAAACGACGGCAGGAGGAACUUUUAAAGAUGGUGUCAAAGUGAACGAAAGUGGAUGUGACGUGCUCGCUGCCCUACAGUCACAUAAACAUCAAACAAACGUACAGAGAUGUGACUUUGGUCUUCGAAACAUCUGGAAAAGAUCUUCAUAUCUGCUUGUUGACAGACGCCCGCAGCGAUUGUCUGUUCUUCAAACGCCCUCUCUGCCGCUUUCGCCGUUUCUUGUCUGCGUCUUCAUUCUCACCCUCGACUUUUCACACAUUUCUUCACAGUAUGCUCACAUUUGCUUCCCCUGAUGAUUCGAAGCUGAAAGUGCUUUUGCACACACUUCUCUCAUCUCCAUUUGGGCCUAAAAUGUUUUUUUUUAAGGUGCACUGCCCACUAGUGGUGGCAGAGGAGCACUGCACAGGUCAAAAAGGUUAAUGGGGGUUAAGCUGUUUGAAACGUGUUUGAACAUUUUUUUUGUUUGUUUUUUUAAAAGCAAUGCAAGAUUUCUCUCAGGUUUGAAGGAAAACAUUUUUAAACGUCAAAAUAAGUUCAAAAACACAAAGUCUAGUGGUUGAAUCUGAGCAUUCGAAUUGCCCCAAUGUCACUAAGAGCUGCUAAAGUAAGAAAAAUACUGUUGAAAAAAACAACAAAAUGGGAUGAACAGCUAAUCUGAUGGUUGAAUUUCUUUUAUUUAAAGCCAAUUUAGUUGUAGUUUUAUACUGUUCACGAUUUCAAAAACAGGAAAAAAAACAAUUUUAACUUUAGACACCACGAUGACCUCAGCAGUUUGCAAUAUAAUUAGCAGAUUAUUUCAAAAUAAACCUGGCACAGUAACCAUUACUCACAGCAUUGAUAAAAAGGCCAUUUUCAUCUUACUGGUACAGUUUUUACACAGCUUUCACAACCAGCAUAAAGGAUUUGUCCGACAGGAAUAUCCACUAAUUUUACCAAUAAAAUCACUAUUUCACAGUCAUGUUCUCACAGAGAUCUCUUCAGGGCAAAUGUUUUAAAGCUCCCAACAAAGUAAACGUCCUGUAGACCCACCAUUUACCAUUCAGCACAGCUGAUUUCAUGUAUUUGUAUCAGUGAAGGCUGAUGAUGCCACUGAUGAUGAUUUCUAAAGUAAAUAUUAUUUCUGUAGGUCUUUUCUAGACUCUGUGCUUGGUGUUUUUUGAGUCAUGCACUGCAAAAAUUGUCUAUCUAAGCAAGUCUAGCAGAAUUUUUAAGAUUAUUAAACUUGUUAAUCUCUUUUUUUUUCAAGAAGUGCAAUUGUUUUAUUCCACUGGCAGAUCAUUAAUUUGAGUCUAAAACAAUCUGUCAAUGGAAUAAGACAAAUAAGGACUUAAGGAAGUAAGGAAGUAAGUAAAGUUUUAUUUAUAUAGCGCCUUUCACAGAAAUAAACUCACAAGGUGCUGUACA